UUUACACUUUUUUAAUGAGUGUUCAAUAAGGCAAGUAGUUGAAAUGACAUUCAUUUCUAUUUUGGCCAGGUUCACAGUCAAUAAUUAUUGUUAUAAUGUGCCGUCUUUUCAUCCGUCUGUUUGACUGUUUGCCCUGUUUUUGUUGUCAUUCUUUACCGAUGCAUAACAAAGGAUAACCUUUUUUUAUGUUUUCCUUCUGUUCGCAUGUAUGACGCAGUAAUCCCUAUUUUCCUGCGUCUUUCUGAAGUCAGAUCCAUAAACCGUGGCGUUAAUGCUCGGCACCUAGCGGCAACAGCGGAGUUUAGCUCGGGUCAUCCUCAGUACGCAGCUGAUGAACACUUUUAUGUGGGCAGUUAAAUGUAGAACUGUGUCGUCGUCCCUACCUUGUGGAUAGAGUCAUUAAGAACGGCAUAAGGAACAACAUCGCAGUAUCGUGGAAAGGCAUAAUACUGUACCAGCUAACGGAAAAGCGCAGUACUGAAUACGUUGACGGCUCCUCGCUUCAAGGACCUUUCUAGUAACCAUUUUAGAGACACGAAAAUGUUCGGUUGAAGUUCCACUAGGUGUGUAUUCAGAAAAUAACACCAUGUUAGUUUGUCAACAGACACGGCUCAAGGUUCUUCAUCAGAUCCAAUUUGCAGUUUUGAUUCUACGAAUUGCUUCCGUUCAUAAUUAAGACAAAAAAUUGACGAGCAGCUUGGGAGUAACCACACGUAAUCUUCUAGCGUGUUCCUUCACACACAGCUGGGCACCCAUUUCCUCCGCGUGUUGAUUUCACACGGUUUGAACGAAUUUGGCCUCGGUGGUACGUGUACUUACACUGGUGUGUGUCACAUACGCUUACUUUGGCGGAGGCAGGCACUGGCGCAGGGAACUUCACUGCGCGAAAUCUGAUGUUACUUUUCGAACGAUUGCCAAGGACAAAAAGCUAAGACAACACAUUGAAGUCGGCUGUCAUCCACCCCUCGAAGGAAAAGAAAAGAAAAUGAUAUUCUUCUGCUAAAAGAAGGAUAGGAUUGCAAAAGAUUAGCACGAUUGUCUGGAAUUUUAGAAUAUUUUUAACCACAAAAAAUAAUUCAUCGACUUGAUUAAUUUAGGAACACGAGCAUAUUAAUGCUAGGUGUAUCCUUCACUACCUGCAGUAUACGUUGUCGCAAAUGAUACGUUUGACAUGAAAAUUGCUCAUUAAACACAGGAAUCAUCCAAUCCUCUUCCUGACAACGGUGUGUCAUAACAGGCGAAUAUGUGGGAUUGAAUAUCCUCAGUUGGGAGAGAUCCAAAGAAAUGGUCGGAUUAAAAGGGGAGAAUCAUUUGACACUAGCUUUUGCGCAGGUUUAAAUUCCACUAGACCUUAGGCGUGAUUCUGGGACUCACUAGAUAUGAGGAAGUGGACACUUCUGCGUUGUGUUUUAUCCCUUGGUCGAACUGGUUUUUGAAACCUGCAUACCAAAACGUUAAUAAGGGCUUUUUUGUAAAGCAAACGUAAGGUUGGCGUGAAUUUACUUCAACUUUGUUAGAAAAAUGGUCCGUCCACUCGGAUGGAUGGUAUUUGGCGACGUCUGUUAGAACUCCGCUAUUCAAAAUGCCAUGCGGGAACAUAUCGAACAUGUCGGACAGUAUAGACCAGAACAAAACACUGGAGGUGCGAGUGUACGAGCAGAUAUACCACAUCUUCUACCAUUUUGGAUUGCCGAUGAUCUGCGUGUUUGGUUUCUUGGGAAACGUCUUAAAUUUGGCGGUGCUCAAUCAGAAACGCUUGCAAACGUCUCUAAUGAAAAUGGAGCAGGCUGCGAGCAUUUACCUCAUCGCUCUCGCCAGCUCCGACUUGCUCUUCUGUAUCUCUGCCUUCAUGACCACUUUCGUUCCACUGGAGAUGGUCUUCGAAAAGAAGGGAUUCCUGUUGUACUACACUCAAAACUGUGCCGCGGUCAUCAACAUAUUCAUCAUGACGAGCACUUGGGUGACCGUCGUUUUCGCAGUGGAAAGAUACGUGGCCAUUUGCCACCCUUUAAAAUCGAGAUAUAUGCUCAGCAUGAAAGGGACCCGCCUCACGAUCGGUCUUAUUUAUCUUUUCUCUGUCCUUUUUAACAUUCCAGUGUUUUGGAGGUACACUAUACAGACUGUAGAAUGCCCGGGUAAUGUUACAUACUUUAGACUGGACCAACAAAUAAUUUUUUCCGACACAUUCGACCAAGCAUACAGAGGUGUUUGGGCAAUCUUUGGCAACUUGCUGCCGCUUGUUAUACUGGUGUACGCGAACGUGUGUCUCGUGCGGGGGAUUAGGAAAUCCACCGUCCUCAGAAGGCAGUACGGUGGCUAUAAAGACGGAAAACACGUGAAGGAAUCGAACAACAAGAUAACCCUCACGUUGAUCAUCAUUGUGAUUUUGUUUCUCACUCUCGUGGCGCCCUCCGAACUCAUCAAACAGGUAGUCCUGCUGGACAGUACGCUACAAUUCAGCCAUGCCUACAUGUCCGUAGAAGUCAUCACAAACUUUAUGCAGUCAGUCAACUUCUCAAUCAACUUCAUCCUCUACUGCAUCAUCAACAGAUCGUUCCGACGGACAAUGAAGCACAUGGUUUUGAAAUUUGUGAAGAACUAUUUGCCGUUCUUUAGGUUUAAUUAUGAACCGGGAGAGGUAAGCAUCCCCCGCGGCGGAGGCUCUUUCCGAAGCUACCGGAGCGUCAACUUGAAGUUUCCCAAUGAUUCGUGUGAGGGAAGUCGUGUAUGAAUGUGUCCAAUGCAUAACAUGUCGAAGAGGAAAUUAAAGAUUAGAGUUUCAGAUUAAAUGUGAUAUAGCUUGAAGUGAUAUUGUAACUGGCAGAGGACGCCGGAAAGUCCCUAAUGGUGACCAAAGGCCGUGAACAUGUGUGGUCACUUGGAAAACGAAACUGAAACUGAAAUUAAGGACAUCAGCCAUAUAACAAACUGGCUCGAGAUGUUAUAUACAUAUACGUCAGAGCACAUUUUAAAUCAUAUACAUAACUUUGUAUACAUUGAUAUAUUCUUAUUGUGAUUUACACCUUUUGUAUUGUGUAUAUAUUGCAUUGGUACCCAGAGAGUAUAGGGCCGAAUAGGGUACUAACUAGUCCGAGGGUCAAAUAUGGCGACCCACUAAAAAGAUUGCAUUCUUAUCCGCUAAUAGACACUGAAUAGAUAUCCCAUAGGGAAGUAUUCAAGUGGGCCAUGUUUGGCCCUCGUACUGGUUAUUCUGAAUGGGGCCUAGGAUGCAUAGCAAUAUUAAUAAUACUAGAAAAUUGAUUUACGACCAAUCACCAGUCGAACCAGCCGCUAUUGGGCUGUAUCAAUUGUUUUCAUUACUUAAAACACGCCUUCAGUCGCCUGUCUAUUAACAGACAGAAUACAGUAAAUAUGUUGUUAUGUCAUUUUUUUCAUUAAUUUCUCUAAUUAAAAUGAUGUGCGUUUUAUGUUUAAGUUUAUAUUCUGACCUGGUGACUUCCGGCGAGUGGAACAACAGAGAAGAGGUUUAAAGUCGCGUAUACUCAUUAUUUAUAAACAAGAGAGAAUCCAAGUCAAAACACCUUGUGAAAGUUUAACUCUGUCGUGGUAAAUAUUGUUUAUCUAAGGUAUAAUCGUUAUACAAAAGAGUUGGACAAACUUACGGUGUACGCACAGAAAAUGUAAGUGUACGUUAAACAUUGUUAUUGGAGCUUACCAAC